AAAACUUUCAAGUUCAAAUUUUCUUCUCUACUUCUUCUUCUUCCUCUCCUUUUUCUCUGCAACUCCUCGUUGCAUGAAACUUAAACAAUCUUCAUUUUGAAUCACUAGAGCCUCGCAAUUUUAGAUUCCAAUAUUUGAAACACUGGUGACAAUGCUUCUUCAACUCUUUCUCACACUCUUGUUUGCUCCUUUCUCUUUCUCUCUCAACCAAGAUGGCCUCGCUCUUCUCGCACUCAAAGCCGCCAUUUCAACUGACCCAACUCGCUCCCUCGACUCUUGGUCCGACUCAGACUCAACCCCCUGUCAUUGGACCGGCAUUCACUGCAUUAGAAACCGAGUCACCUCUCUCUAUCUCCCAAACAAAAGCUUCACUGGCUACAUGCCCUCCGAACUCGGCCUCUUGAACUCACUCACUCGACUCAAUCUCGCUCACAACAACUUCUCCAAACCAAUACCUGCCAAUCUCUUCAACUCCACAAACCUCGUUUAUCUCGAUUUCUCUCACAACUCUUUCUCUGGCACAAUUCCUGACCAAAUCAAAACUCUUAAAGACUUAACACACUUAGAUUUAUCUUCAAACCACCUGAACGGGUCCUUGCCGGAAUUUCUACUCGACCUAAGAGGCCUAACUGGUACUCUAAACUUGUCUUACAAUCAAUUUUCAGGUCAGAUUCCGGAGAUGUACGGACAUUUUCCGGUGAUGGUGAGUUUGGAUCUAAGGUAUAAUAAUCUCAGUGGAGAGAUACCUCAAGUGGGCUCACUUUUGAACCAGGGACCCACCGCAUUUUCCGGAAACCCGAGGCUUUGUGGGUUUCCAUUGCAGAGUCCAUGUCCAGAAGCUGAGAAUCCCGGGGCUUUUUCAAACCCUGAAGAAGAACGGGAUCCGCAAGACCCGAAGAGUUCUAGCUCUAGCUAUGGUGGUGAAGAGAAAGAGAAAGAGGAGAGAAAUACUGGUUCAGUGGCAGUUUCAGUAAUUUCUGGCGUUUCGGUGGUGGUUGGUGUUUUUGUCUCGGUGAUGCUGUUUCGGAGAAAACGACGAGCUCGUGAGGGCAAAAUGGGGAAGGAAAAUAAGUGUGGUGAUGUUGUUGUGGUUGACGAAGAGGAGGGGCAAAAUGGUAAAUUUGUUGUGAUGGACGAGGGGUUCAGUUUGGAGUUGGAGGAUUUGUUGAGGGCUUCGGCUUACGUGGUGGGGAAAAGUAGAAGUGGGAUUGUUUACAAGGUUAUUGCUGGGAGAGGAUCGGCUGUGAUCGCGCCUACUGUUGUUGCAGUGAGGAGGUUGAGUGAGGGUGAUAACAGGUGGCGGUUAAAGGAGUUUGAAGCUGAGGUGGAGGCCAUUGGAAGGGUCCAGCAUCCGAACAUCGUGCGGUUGAAAGCUUAUUAUUAUGCAAAUGAUGAGAAGUUGCUGAUUUCUGAUUUCGUCCGCAAUGGAAGCUUGUACACUGCGUUGCAUGGGGGACCUUCCAAUUCUUUGCCACCACUUUCAUGGGCUGCAAAGUUAAAAAUUGCUCAGGGAACUGCUAGAGGUUUAAUGUACAUACAUGAACACAGCCCUCGAAAAUAUGUUCAUGGCAACAUCAAAUCUACAAAAAUCCUCCUUGACGGUGAACUCCGGCCUCACAUCUCAGGUUUUGGAAUCACUCGUCUUGUCCCUGGUACCUCUAAAAUGACCAAAAACCAAACCAUUGCAAUCGGUUCCAGAUUUUCGGCUCAUGCUACUGUUUACUUGGCGCCUGAAGCUCGAAUUUAUGGCAGCAAAUUCACUCAGAAAUGUGAUGUCUACUCAUUUGGUAUUGUUCUCUUGGAAUUAUUAACUGGGAGACUGCCUGAUGCGGGACCUGACAAUGAUGGUAAGGAGCUGGAGAGUCUUGUAAGGAAGGUGUUUCGAGAGGAGCGUCCCAUGUCUGAGAUUAUAGACCCAGCACUGCUGACUGAAGUUCAUGCCAAGAAACAAGUUAUUGCAACAUUCCACAUUGCUCUUAAUUGCACCGAGCUGGAUCCAGAAGUUCGUCCUAGGAUGAGAACAGUGUCUGAGAAUCUUGAUCGCAUCAAAUCACAGUGAAAAUUUUUCUGGAAGUGCCUUGUAAAGUUUUUUUCAUUGCCGCUAACUUCUGGGUUUUGAUGCUUUUAACUUUUCAGUAGUAUCGAUUUUGAAUUUUGAUGUCCUAGUUAUGCAGGGUUAUUGGGCUGUAUCUCAACGUGAAACUAUUAUCGUAUGCAACUGCA